AUGGGGGCAGCCCCUGACCUGGCUGUGAGGGUCCUGCUGGCUCUUCGCGCCUGCGCACAGCCCAGCUCUGGUCUGAGUGGUGUCAGCCGGCCAUUGCCAAUGCUACACAGAAUGUCUUUGUCAGUAUUCCAUUGGGCUCUGAAUGACUGGUCUCCAGAGCUGGUUCUGACACUCUUCAAGGGGUCAAUAACUUUCAAGGAUGUGGCUGUGGACUUCACCCAGGAGGAGUGGUGCCUGUUGGACCCUUUUCAGAAAGAGCUGUACAGGGAAGUCAUGAUGGAGAAUGUGCAGAAUGUACUCUUCAUUGAGACAGAGACUAAUUUUGAAGGGAAGGACAUGUCUACAAUGCUGAGCCUUUUUGUGGAGGGAUCUGGCCCUCCAAAAGGCAUGAAUAAGGGUCCCUGUGACUUCAUUUUGAGAGAAAUCUAUGACUCUAAUAUCAAGGUAAAUAAAAAUCCAAAGAGUGACUGUGAAUUUGAUGAAGUUGCAGAGAAAUUCAGCCAACAGUUAGACCUAAAUCAGUAUACGAAAUUGACCUCAGGAAAUGACUGUUGUCUGGAUAGUGAAUACACCAAAUGCUUUCCUGAAAAAGUAGGAUUUAACCAGUCCCAUGAGAAACCUCCUGAAAUGCCCAUGUAUCAAAAUAAUGUAGGGAGAAUCAUUGCCUAUGGCGCGAGUUUAGAUCUCUCAAGACAUCCAAAAAGCAAACAUGUAGAGAUGCUUUCUGUUUGUAAUAAAGUUGGGAGACCUUUCAGUCAGAAUUCUGAGUUGGGUUCAUAUCAAAUAAUCCGCUCUAGAGAGAGACCUUAUCAAUGUAAAGAAUGUGGAAAGACUUUCACACUGCGGGGUAAUCUUGUUAUUCAUCAGAGAAUCCACACUGGAGAGAAACCUUAUGAAUGUACACAGUGUGGAAAGGCUUUCACACAAAGUAGUUCUCUUUCUAAGCAUCAGAGAAUCCACAGUGGAGAAAAACCUUAUGAAUGUUCACAGUGUGGAAAGGCUUUCACUCUGAGCAGCUCUCUUGCUAAGCAUCAGAAAAUCCACACUGGAGAGAAACCUUAUGAAUGUACACAGUGUGGAAAGGCUUUCACUCUGAGUAGCUCUCUUGCUAAGCAUCAGAAAAUCCACACUGGAGAGAAACCUUAUGAAUGUACACAGUGUGGAAAGCUUUUCAUUUGGAGGGGUGAUCUUGCUGCACAUCAGAGAAUCCACACUGGAGAGAAACCUUAUGAAUGUACACAGUGUGGAAAGGCUUUCACACGGAGGGGAGAUCUUGCUGCGCAUCAGAGAAUCCAUACUGGAGAGAAACCUUAUGAAUGUACACAGUGUGGAAAGGCUUUCACACGGAGGGGAGAUCUUGCUGCACAUCAGAGAAUCCACACUGGGGAGAAACCUUAUGAAUGUACACAAUGUGGAAUGGCAUUCACAAGAAGGGGUUGUCUUGUUAUACAUCAGAUAAUCCACACUGGAAAGAAACCUUACGAAUGUACACAGUGUGGAAAGGCUUUCAAACACAGGGUGAGUCUUGCUGAGCAUCAGAGAAUCCACACUGGAGAGAAACCUUAUGAAUGCACACAAUGUGGAAAGCCUUUCAUACGGAGGGGCGAUCUUGCUGCGCAUCAGAGAAUCCACACUGGAGAGAAACCUUAUGAAUGUACUCAUUGUGGAAAGCCUUUCACACGAAGGGGCAAUCUUGCUAAGCAUCAGAGAAUCCACACUGGAGAGAAACCUUAUGAAUGUACACAAUGUGGAAAAGCUUUCAAACACAGGGUGAGUUUUGCUGAGCAUCAGAGAAUUCACACUGGAGAGAAACCUUAUCAAUGUACACAGUGUGGAAAGGCUUUCAAACACAGGGUAAGUCUUGCUGAUCAUCACAGAAUCCACUCUGGAGAGAAACCAUAUGAAUGUACACAUUGUGGAAAGGCUUUCACACGGAGGUUCUAUCUAGCUGCACAUCAGAGAAUCCACACUGGAGAGAAACCUUAUGAAUGUACACAGUGUGGAAAAGCUUUUACACAGAGGAGCAGUCUUGCUACACAUCAGAGAACCCACACUGGACAGAAACCUUAUGAAUGUAAUAAAUUUGGAUAGCCUUUCUCUUAAUACUCCACAGUUGCUUCAUGUCUGAAAAUCCCCACAGGA